CUUUUUUUUUUCUUUCUUUCUUUUUUGUUACAGAGCUUGAGAGUUGUGAACGCAACGUUUAGAUCUCUCUGACUGGGGCUCAUACAGCAGCCUGUGUCUUGUCCAUCUGAUAGAGGAGGUUCAUAUCACCUGUCUUGUCCAUCUGAUAGAGGAGGUUCAUAUCACCUGUCUUGUCCAUCUGAUAGAGGAGGUUCAUAUCAUCUGCCUUGUCCAUCUGAUAGAGGAGGUUCAUAUCACCUGUCUUGUCCAUCUGAUAGAGGAGGUUCAUAUCAUCUGUCUUGUCCAUCUGAUAGAGGAGGUUCAUAUCACCUGACUGUCUUGUCCAUCUCAUAGUGUCUGCUGAUGGUGAAGCUGCUCUGGUCAACACUGGAGAUGUUGCUGCUGAUGAUGACUCUACUGCUGCUGACUCCACUACACGGUGAGCGUGCAAUCCGCCAUGUAGAUGUGUUCUCCAGGGCAGGGGAAGCUGCCGUUCUCCCCUGUGUUGACGUCAUGAGUGGGGACCCACUCUGCUCCUCUACUACAUGGGAAUACUAUAAGGCCAGUGGCUCAUGGGUAAAGGUGGUCAGCAAGGGAAAGGUCCAACAAUCUGGGAGAUCAGAGAGGCUGCGUCUCCUCCCCAACUGUUCCCUCCACAUCAGUCACGUCUCCCCUGAGGAUGCUGGAUACUACCGGUGUCAGCCGUAUAAAGAAUCAGAUUUUACUGAUGUUCUUCUCAGUGUUCUUCAUACUUUGCCAGGGGAAGAUCCCUCAGGAGGACUUGAGGUCGUGUCUUGCCUCGCGUCCACCUAUGGUGGGUGGUGUGGGCAUGUGAGGUGGGUGGAUGAGAGUGGAGCUGAGCAGCUGAACUCAGACCAUGUGAAGAUCAACAGAAAGUCCAACUGUGAGGUUCAGCUGGCUGUCAAAACCACGGUCCUCAUGAGUCCAGCUCACACACACACAUGGACGUGCCAACUCACUUAUCGAGGAGAGGUUAAGGCCUCUAUCCCCUAUACAGUCCACACACCAGAAGCACUCAAGGGAGCCCCACCUACUUGGCCUCGUUCUGGAAUUGGGAAUCCUCUGAUUUUUCCUCGAGGUGAUGGAGUCUGCCUACACCAUUUUAUGCUCCCUGAAACUGUGUAGGCAGCAUGCUACUAAAGGUGAAGCUUGGUGAUGCUCAGAAAUUUGUUCGCAUAACA